AUGAAUGCUCCUGAUCGAUUCGAUUUGUUUUACCUUCCUCCAGGUGCAAAGAAGAUGACCAUUACACCAGAUCCAAAGGUUGAGAAUGGUGCAACCUUUGAAAUUCUUAGAGAAGAUCAUACGAUGGGCAAUUUGAUACGAUAUAAACUUUUGGAAGAACCACAAGUCAUAUUUGCUGGUUACAGGGUCCCACAUCCUUUAGAACAUAAUGUAAUUUUGAAAGUUCAAACUACUAAUGAUACUAAACCAGAUAUGAUGGUGGCAAAGGCAUUAAAUGAUCUGAUCACGGAAGUUGGAUACCUUAAGCAAAAAUUUGUGGAAGAGCUUGGUCGUGCAAGGGCACUUGUAAUACCCAGAGAACAGAAACCGAUGGAAGAACAAACGCCGUUAGGCAUACCCUCGGCCAGAGAUAAUAUUCCUAUUGGAAAUACUGGCGUGGGUGUAGAUAUGGACUUUUAA